GCUAUUAUCUACUUCUGUCAAUAUCUUUGCAGAAGUUGGUUUACCUUGGUUACAGACUACUACACUCUUAGAUCUCUACUCAAGAAUAUUUUACCAAAGAGCUAGCUUGCCUAUUGGAUCUUAUCUCUGCAA